CCGCUUCCGAUAGAGUAGAGGAAGUCCCCGUCAGAGGUGGCUGGAAAGAUGUCGCCCACCAUGGCAGCCGCAACGCCGGGACUUGGAUCUGCGGCUGAGUUGCUUUUGCGGCGGCUAGAACAAGCAGGAGCCGAUGCUGAGGCCGGGAUCUGUAGCCUAGAGGCGGCCCAGGCGCUGGACUUGGACCACCAAGUCUUGGUUGGAGCAGUGAAGAGCCUGCAGUCGCUGGGAGAGGUGAUUGAAGCUGAACAGCGCACAUUCAAGAAGUGGGAACUGACGCCUGAGGGCAAAGAAAUUGUCCAGGAAGGGAGCCAUGAAGUCCGGGUGUUUAACAGCAUCCCCUUUGAGGGUCUGCUGCAGAGUGAGCUAAUGAAGCUGCCAAGUGGAAAGGUGGGAUUCAGCAAAGCAAUGUCCAAUAAGUGGAUCCGGCUAGACAAGAGUUCAGAGGAUGGACCCCGAAUAUUUCGGGCAGUGGAGAGUGUGCAGGACUCAGUGAGGGAGAAGUUGCUCCAGGUACAGCAGGGAGAGGAAGAUAGCCUAGAGGAGAAGGACAAGAAUGAACUGAAGAAGCGGAAACUCCUGGCAGAAGUGACCAUUAAGACAUACUGGAUCAGAAAAGGGAGUGCUUUUAGUACCACUGUUGCCAAGCAGGAAACGGACCUCACGCCAGAGAUGAUUGCCAGUGGUUCUUGGAAAGACUUGAAGUUCAAGGCCUACAACUUUGAGGCACUGGGCAUCAUGCCUGAAUGUGGUCAUCUCCAUCCCUUGCUGAAGGUCCGCAGCCAGUUCCGACAGAUCUUCCUUGAAAUGGGUUUUACAGAAAUGCCUACAAAUAACUUCAUUGAAAGCUCAUUCUGGAACUUUGAUGCCCUCUUCCAGCCACAGCAGCAUCCAGCUCGGGACCAGCAUGACACCUUCUUCCUAAAGGAUCCUGCCGAAGCCAUUGACUUUCCCAUGGAUUAUCUGAAGAGAGUAAAGCGGGUCCAUUCACAAGGUGGUUACGGUUCACAGGGGUACAAAUAUGAGUGGAAGCUGGAGGAGGCUCGGAAGAACCUCCUUCGGACGCACACCACCUCUGCCAGUGCCCGCAUGCUCUACAAGCUGGCGCAGCAGGAGAAGUUCACCUCUACCAAAUAUUUCUCCAUUGACCGUGUCUUCCGAAACGAGACACUGGAUGCCACCCACCUGGCAGAGUUCCACCAGAUUGAAGGGGUGGUGGCUGAUUAUGGCUUGACUUUAGGGGACCUGAUGGGUGUCCUGAAAGAAUUUUUCAACAAGUUGGGAAUCACCCAGCUACGCUUCAAGCCUGCUUACAAUCCUUACACUGAGCCCAGCAUGGAAGUGUUCAGUUACCAUCAAGGGCUGAAAAAAUGGGUGGAGGUGGGCAACUCGGGAGUCUUCCGCCCAGAGCUGCUGCUGCCAAUGGGCCUGCCGGAGGGGGUUUCUGUCAUUGCCUGGGGCUUGUCCCUGGAACGGCCCACCAUGAUCAAGUAUGGCAUCAAUAAUAUCAGAGAGCUGGUUGGGCACAAAGUCAACCUACAGAUGGUAUACGAUAGUCCACUCUGCCGCCUGGAUGUCUAGCCCUUGGCUAGUUGGCUGGCUGCCUCCCUCUUCUCGGAUCUCUCUAUUUAUUAGCACUGCCCCUUGCUGGAACACUGGGACAUUUCCAUCCCUCUCCUCCACAGUUCUGCUUCCUUCUGGAGAAAGUGGUUACAAAGCCAUCCUGAUCUUUGUGGACCCUUUAGGAGGGGUUAAGGGUGACUGUGGGUUGUGUUGGGAACUGACCUGUAAAACACAUUCAAUAAAAGUGACUUAACCAGGA